GGAAAAGUCGGUACUUAUAGACACUUCACUCUAAACAAAGACUACGACAAAAAAGAGUCAAACGACUACUUCUUGAAUGUCGGCCAUAACAGAGACUUAGCAUCUCUUCAAUGGUAUGACUCGAAGGGUUUGGUCACAAAUAAAGACGAUUACGAUUUCAUGAAUACAAAGACCAACAAAAUUCCGUGCAAUAUAUAUAGCGCUGGAAUGAACUUCAGAGAUGUUAUGUUUGCCACAGGUCGUAUUGUUUCGGGACCACAGAUGCUGUUCACUGAUUGCUGUAUUGGUUUUGAGUUCGCCGGCCGUCGGGCCGACACUGGAGAGCGAGUUUGCGGUUUCGAUAUGAGUCGAUGUUAUGCCACUUCUAUUGACGCCAACGAAGACUUUAUCUCUAAAGUGCCCGACAACUGGUCGAUGGACGACGCGGUGUCCAUAUUGUGUACUUACAGU